AUGAAGGGAUGGCGAGUGCUGCUGCUGGCCCUAUGGGGUCCGGCAGCUUGCUUGGGGGGCACUAUUGCCACCUCUGGAUCUCUUCGGGAAGCUCCACGCGCAUGUGGCUCUAAAAUCGACGCCGUCAUAGUGCUGGACAGUGCGGGGAGUCUCGGGGCUGCCAACUGGGAGAAAAUAAGGCAUCUAGGAGCCAGUAUUCUGAGUGACCUCGACCUUGGGAGAGAAACGACGCACGCGGGUGUCAUCUCGUAUGGCCAGGUGGCUCACGUUAACUGGGACCUCAACGACGACCGAGCAUAUCACCUAGAUCAUGCGCAGAAUGCUUUGACCAAUAUGGCAUGGAUGAACUCCUUUACAAACACACCGGCCGCUCUGGAAAGCGCAGUGGGUAUUUUCGAACGCUCAUAUCGUGCUGCCGAUGAAACUGUUGACCGGUUGCUCAUAGUGGCAACAGAUGGAUGUGCCAACUAUUACGACAGAUUUUCCCACAAGAGCCUUUCGGAUCAUUACGACAGCGCCUUCAGAAAACUGGAAAAUGUCAAAAAUAUUCACACCCUGGUUAUUGGCAUCGGGAAUCAGGUCUGUCGCGGUGAGCUUCAGCGAAUUGCAGGCUGCGAUGGUCAAGAAGGCGCCGAUUCUUGUCGCAAUGUCAAGCUCGUAAGCUACGAUAAAAUACCAGAAGAUGUGAAGGGGUAUUUACAAGAGGCUUGCGGUCACGAGGUGGAGAAGGAGCAACCUGGCACUGACGGUGGUGAUACAGAUGUCUCGCAGCCAGGCAGUGAACAGCCCGAAACCUUCACGCCCGGACACGAGAAUGAACCUGAGGAGGAAGCCGGUACUUCUGAUGGAGAACAGAAACCGGAUAAAUCGGAUCAAUUCGCACCGCCUACUGAAGAUGAACAGCACGGCCAGGAGCGGUCGUGCAGAAUGAAAAAUGUUGAUGCAGUUGCUGUUUUAGACAGCUCGAUGAGCAUUGGUCCUGACCGAUGGCAUGAUCUGCUGAAGAUGAUUAAGAAAUUUGGAAAGACACUGGAUAGCACGGCUGGUCAAAGCAGACUAGCAGUCGUCACCUACAGCGAUGAUGUCACCGUCAAUCGCGCGCUGAACGGUGCCCCGCUCGGAUCGUCCCAGGCAGAAGAAGCUCUGUCCCGCAUUCCGUUCAAGAACGGUAACACUUUCACUCCAAAGUCCCUCGAUUCCGCAUAUGAGAUUUUCAGGGGAGCCCUGGAGGAGAGCACGGAGCAUGCCGGAGACCCCCACAAGGAACGUGUGUUAUUGCUUGCGACUGAUGGGUGCGCGGACAUAUACGGCAAAGAACACGGUAGCCUGGAAAACCAUUACCGCGUUGCCAGGGCGAACCUGAAUAAGAUCCCUCACCUGCACACAGUCGUGCUGGGUAUAGGAAACCACGUGUGUGUCGACGAGCUGCGAUUCAUUGCCGGGUGUGGUCCGAAAAGCUCCGGUAGCCCAUGCAAGAAUGUAGUUCUCAGUUCUUGGGAGUCUCUAAAAGAUGAUUUCGAACGCCUUGAUCAAGGUCUAUGUGAAGAACUAAGCGAAGGGAAAGAAGAAGAGGACGAAAUACCCUCACCAACACCUGAGACACCACCAGCUUCGAGCACCACGUGCAAAAGAGGAAGAGUCGAUGCUGUAGCCAUCCUUGAUGGAUCUAGCAGUAUCGGCAGGACUGACUGGAAGAAAACCCGUGAAAUCGCUAGGGCGUUUGCAGCUGCCUUGAGUAUUGCUGAGGAUGCGAGCCACAUGAGUGUUGUACGGUUCUCGAACACAGCACGAUCAGACUGGCAUCUUAAAGACUCAGUCGCGUGGACAGAAGCGAGGCUGACGGAACGCAUAUCGAGCCUCCCUCAACCGUAUGGAGGGACGAAUACUCCCGCGGGACUAGAACAAGCCUACGAAGAUCUCGUCGCUUCCAUGAAGGCGCGAAACGAGGGCGACGCAGACAACGUGCAUCGGUUGCUGCUAGUUACCACGGACGGGUGCGUAAACCAGUGGAACCGAUAUAAAUAUAAAACACAUGAAGACCAUUUGCGUGAUGUCCUUGGACGCAUUUUUAGUCUUAAGAACGUGCAUCUCAAAGUGCUGGGAAUUGGCCGCGAGAUCUGUCGCUCAGAGGUCCGGCUCAUUGCGGGGUGUACACCGGAGGGGACUGACACUUGCCAUAACGCAAAAUUCACCGAUUUUGGCUCAGUGCUUGACGAGCUGCCGCAUUACCUUGAGGAAAUCUGUGACGAAGUGGAGACCAGCGCUCCGCCACCCGAGCUCCAACCAGAAGAGAGUGGACCGCCGGUGCCGGUGACUCCUCCUACUGGCGAACUCCCACCGACUGCGGAAGUAACACCGCCAGAGGACCUUCCGCCGACUGGGGAGGUCCCACCAGCUGAGGAGCUGCCGCCAACUGGAGAGGAGAUGCCCCCGACGGAAGAGCUUCCUCCGACUGAAGAGAUUCCGCCGAGUGAGCAACUCCCGCCGACUGGGGAGGUCCCACCAGCUGAGGAGCUGCCGCCAACUGGAGAGGAGAUUCCCCCGACGGAAGCGAUUCCUCCGACUGAAGAGAUUCCACCGAGUGAGCAACUUCCGCCGACCGGGGAAAUCCCUCCAGCUGAGGAGCUGCCGCCAACAGGAGAGGAGAUUCCCCCGACGGAAGAGCUUCCUCCGACUGAAGAGAUUCCACCGAGUGAGCAACUUCCGCCGACUGGGGAGGUCCCACCAGCUGAGGAGCUGCCGCCAACUGGAGAGGAGAUGCCCCCGACGGAAGAGCUUCCUCCGACUGAAGAGAUUCCGCCGAGUGAGCAACUCCCGCCGACUGGGGAGGUCCCACCAGCCGAGGAGCUGCCGCCAACUGGAGAGGAGAUUCCCCCGACGGCAGAGCCUCCUCCGACUGAAGAGAUUCCACCGAGUGAGCAACUUCCGCCGACUGGGGAGGUCCCACCAGCCGAGGAGCUGCCGCCAACAGGAGAGGAGAUUCCCCCGACGGAAGCGAUUCCUCCGACUGAAGAGAUUCCACCGAGUGAGCAACUUCCGCCGACCGGGGAAAUCCCUCCAGCUGAGGAGCUGCCGCCAACAGGAGAGGAGAUUGCCCCGACGGAAGAGCUUCCUCCAACUGAAGAGAUUCCACCGAGUCAGGAACGUCCACCGACCGAGGAAGUCCCACCAACUGCGGAGGAUCUUCCGCCGACUGAGGAACAUCCACCAACUGAGGAAUUCCCACCAGCUGAGGAGCUGCCGCCAACCGCUGAGGAAAUGCCACCGGCAGAGGAGAUGCCGCCUGCUGAGGAAGUUCCACCGACGGAAGGAGAAGAGGGAGUGGUGCCUCCGCCUGUGCCUGAGGAGCCAAGCGAGGAAGUGCCCCCCACGGAAGAGACAGUUCCGCCUCCGGAAACCGAGGUUCCACCCGGCCAGGGAGGAUUUCUGCCUCCCACAGGUGAAGGUGCUGAGGAACCUACGCCUGUGCCCCCGACAGAACAAGGUCCCCCGUCAGGCGUGUUCCCAGGCGAAACCCCCCAAGAGCCGACCAAAGAGAAAAAAGAGGAAGAAGGAGUCCCCAUGGCUGCAAUCGCCGGAGGCGUUAUUGGAGGUGUUCUGUUGCUUGGAGCUGCGGGAGGCGGAGCGUAUGCAUUUGCUGGUGCUGGAGGAGCCGCAGCUAAGGCGCCGGGGGAUAUUGGCGCGGAGGAGGUCGCCGGAGAGGAGGAGGGACUGGAAGAGCGGGACAUAGGCAUUGAUAUUGAUGAUGAUAUGUUUGCCGUGGAUGAGAUGUGA